ACUCUCUACCCAACUCUGUCCUGGACAGUUCUUUCCAUUUGUUAUUCAUCCUUUUCAUAUCUGCUUCUAUUUUCCGAUGCAGUAUGCUCUUUAGCCUUACUCUCUUCCGCUUCCCUUCAGGAUUCCAGGUUAGGGCUUGCCUCGUGAUGCAGUUUGCUAAUUUCUGUAAUUUGGAACCUGGUUUGUUCUCUCUCAAGUUACAUUCAUUAAUAUUGCUGAACUUAUCCUCAACGUUUUCAAUAUCCAAUAAAUGUAUCAUACUCAACACUUUCGGUUAUCUUUCAGAUAAAAAGUUGGUUGAUAAUUAUGUUAAACAUGCUACUACACAUAAUCGAGUCUUGGAAGAAGAACAAUGUUGGAGAGAAAUAAAACGCCGUCAUAAAAGAUCAAAUGAAUCUCGUGAUCGAUCACCUGAAUCAAACUGUGCUCAAUCAGAACAAGCACUAGAUGCUUAUGAGCGUGCACUUCGUUCAGAAGCUAAACGCAGUGUAGAGUUACUUUCUGCUCGUACAUUACCAAGUGCUGCUGGUGGACAAAAUGCUAAAGAGUUUUGGCGAACACUUGCUCGUCGACACUGUGACACUGGUCGUUGGGGUCAUGAUGGUUGGGAUGAAUUACAAAAUGAAGGUCCUAUCCCAUUUAAACGUUCUGAAAGUAUCGAUGAUGUAAAAUCGAAAUCAUUGACAUCAAGUAUAACACCUAAACUACCAUAUCAACAUACUGUUGACAAAUUAAAAGAACAAGAAGCAUUGACAAAAUCAAAAAAGAAAACUAAACAUAAAUUAUCCGAAUCAAAAUCGAAGCAAAAACAUGCUAAAAAACGUAAAACUAAAUUGAAGAAAGUUAAAAAGCAUAAGAAAACUGACAAGAAAAAGAAACAUAAGAAAAAAACCAAAGUGUCUAAACGACGAUCACCUACUCCGUCGUCGUCGUCCUCCUCCUCUUCUUCAUCUUCUUGUUCAACAUCCUCUUCUUCAUCUUCAUGUUCGUCACCACCUCCGUCACCAGCUCCUUCAUCGUCCAGUUCUUCAUCAUCUUCCUCCCAUUCAGCAAGUUCCAUUGGAACAGAUGAUGAAAUAGAAUGGCAAGAAUUAAAAGUGAAAUAAUAAUGAUUGUAAUAAAGAAAAUGUAAUAUUUUUUUCUUUUUAUUACAAUGCAUUUUGUAAAUUAACUGAUAGGAAUCAAGUAUCUAACCUGAAUCUACAGAAUUUCUUCAAUAUCCUUUCCCAUUUCUUGAUAUUUUGUCAUUGUUUUAUUCUUCCUCUUCUCUUUCUUAUUCAUAACCGAUGAUGUAAUGUAAAAAAUAAAUCACAUAGUUUCCAACUAGAGAUGGGCAAAGGUUACGAUUCCAUCGUACCUAGUUCGGUUUGAAUAGCUAUGUAAGUAACUUUAUGCCUUACAUGAACAAUAUAACUCUAAGCUGAAUAUAUAUAUGAAGCUGUACUGUAUGUAGGUCCUUAAUUCUUAAUAAUUAUGGUUUCUGUUUGGUUGAUGGAAUGAAAUUUCCCCUCUUCCUAUUUGUGUAUUUUGUUAUACUUCUGUUUGUAUGUUGAAUAGGGUAUAUUUCUUAAGAAAAAGAAUGUGCUCUUUCUACUGUUCUUUUUUAUAUAGAAUGUUAUUAUAAUAAAAUGGUGUAUAUAAUAAUG